AUGAAGGUACUUUCAUCGAAUUCGAAAGUGAAACAGUAUGAAAGCACUUUAGUAAUCAACAAAGUUAAAAAGGUCAUACACUUCGAAUUGAAUAGAAUUCCUGGCGAAGCAUCUAAAUCCAAAAUAUACAGAACGAAUCUAUUACAUUCAUUGCAAAAUUAA